UGCCAUAAUAAACAUUCCGCUGUCAGCCAAACACACGGCUGUGCUGAAGUAGUCACUGCCACAUAGAGACCGUUGGAGACACAGCAUAUUUACUUUUAAUGAAAUUAUUUAUUAGCCACCAUCGAGAGCCUGCCUGAGUUAUAACGAAUUUGACCCGGAGUCGUUAAGGCUGUGCAGGGUGAAGUCGGGGGAGACGGACAGGAAAAAAAACAAAAAAAAAAACAAAGAUGGCUGUGUAACCAGAGAGACGAGUCCCAGCAGAACUGUCUCUACCCGCGGCUUUAAUCACCGACAGGUCCAGUGGGUCCUCCGCGGAGAGUCAGUCGGUACCGGAGCAGGGAGGGUAGAUGAGAAGCCGAGCUGGGCCGCCAGUGUACAUCGUUGUAAUCUGCUGUCAGGGCGAAUAACGGCGUCGAGAGCAACAACAGCUGAGAGCCGAGCUGAGUUGUUUUUGUUCUGCAGAGGGAGAGGACUGCUGUGUUUUUGUCAACGUAGCUAGCCGCAUAGUCUGCUAGCCUCACUGUAAGUCAACAACACUAGUCUAAUUAAGUUAUUAUGCACAUGAUCUCGUUAUAACACAUUGGCUUGUUACAUUUUAAGUAUAGGGUGGCAUUGAUAAUAAUAAUAAGUUAGCCUGCAUUCCUCUCUGACAGCCUGCUGCCGGAGCGUUAGCCUAGCCGACGUUAGCUAGCUGUCAGCUGACCGUUAGCCUGACAGGUUGUACGCUAGCACUGAGCUAAUCUGCUAAUAUUUGUGGCUCAGCGGCAGGUACACCUGAGAAAUAUAUAAACAGCCGUCGUCAUGUCUUCAAUGGAAGAGAGAGACGGUGUGGCCGCCCCUGGCUCCUCCUCGGCCGGCAUGGGGGUCGGGGCCGUGGGGGCAGCGGUGGAGGCUGUCGCCGGGGUCGCAGCCAUGCAGGAGGAGGUCGGGAUCCGGAGAGAAGGGCCCGAGCCUGACCCAGACGAGCCACCCAAGAAGAGGGUGAGAGUGCCCGAGGGAGAGUCAGGAAAGCUGGAGGAGAGACUGUACUCAGUGCUGUGCUGCACCGUGUGCCUAGACUUGCCCAAGGCGUCUGUAUAUCAGUGUACCAAUGGACACCUGAUGUGUGCAGGCUGUUUCAUCCACCUUCUGGCUGAUUCUCGUCUCAAGGAGGAGCAGGCCACGUGUCCCAACUGCAGGUGUGAGAUCAGUAAGAACCUGUGCUGCAGGAACCUUGCCGUGGAGAAGGCUGUCAGCGAGCUGCCGACAGAGUGUACCUUCUGCAUAAAACAGUUCCCCCGCUCCAGCUUAGAGAGACACCAGAAAGAGGAGUGCCAAGACAGGGUGACGCAGUGUAAGUACAAGAGGAUCGGCUGCCCCUGGCAAGGUCCGUUUCACGAGCUGCCAGCCCACGAGAGCGAGUGCUGCCACCCCACUAAGACCGGGACGGAGCUGAUGGGGAUCCUGGGAGAGAUGGACCAGAGCCACCGCAGAGACAUGCAGCUCUACAACAGCAUCUUCGGACUGCUCUGCUACGAGAAGAUCGGCUUUACAGACAAACUGGUUGCUCUGCUCCAUCCAGAGGUGCAGUUCAGGCCGUACCGCACGGACGACUUCAUCACUCGCCUGUACUACGAGACGCCGCGCUUCACCGUGCUCAACCAGACGUGGGUGCUGAAGGCCCGCGUGAACGACUCCGAGCGCAACCCCAACCUGUCCUGCAAACGCACCCUCUCCUUCCAGCUGAUCCUCAAAAGCAAGGUGAACUCUGCCCUAGAGUGCUCCUUCCUGCUGUUGAAGGGCCCGUACGACGACGUGCGGAUCAAGCCAGUCAUCCAUCACCACUCCUUCUGCAACGACGCCAACGAGACCGAAUACGUCCCUCUGCCCAUCUCCGACUCGGUGGAGUGCAACAAACUGCUGGCCGCCAAAAACAUCAACCUGCGCCUGUUCAUCUUCCAAGUCCAAAAAUAAAGAGUGAAGGAAGAGGAGGAAGAGGAGGAGGAGGAGAGGAAAAGGAGGAGGAGGAGGAAGAUGAAAAGAAGAAGAAAAAGGGUGAAGGAGGGCGAGGGGCUGAUGAAGAUUAAAGAGAGACACCACUGAACCACUGAUACCUCUUAACACUUACACACACACAUUCACGCAGGGUACACACACACACACACACACACACACACACACACACACACACACACACACACACACACACACACACACACCACUUAUUACACUUACCUCCUUUUACAAGAUAGUGAGACCCCUUGCGCGAGGGGGAGCUGUGAGUUGCCGUGGAGAUGGGUGGGCAUUGUUAUGGGAUAGAGGGAUGGGGUGAAACCGGCAGGGGGUUUUGGGGUGGGGGUGAGAGCUGAGGGAGGUGGUUCUGGUGUGUACCUGUGGAGGCUCCCUGAGGUCAGGUUGUGUUUGACCUUUCACCCCUGACCCCUAGCCAGAGGUAGCACACACACCAAACAAAGCAAGAUUUGCUGGGUGUAUUUGUUGCGUGUGUGAAUGUGAAUGUGUGUGUGUAAGAGAGACAGUGGGGGGUGAAGAGAAUAAAGUGACGGACCCUCGAGUGUGGCCCGAACUCUCUGCUUUUAUGUGGAAAUGUCCCAAAGACGUGAUAAUGUGAAAAUAGAGCGACUGACUCUACGGAGCAGUUCUUUGGACAUGAAUGAAUGUAGAGUGUGUGUGUCAGUGUGUGUCUUUCCCUUCCCUCCUUCACUUUAUGCCUGAGUCUUGUCAACAAUGUCUUUCUGUUUUGAAAAAAAGGGUGUCCAUUUUGAGUCUCAAGCUUUGCCAGAACAGGAGAAAGACUGCAUCCCCUCCCCCCCUCCCCGAUGACCCCCUUUCACCUUUAAACACGAGGAGAGACGGCUGCGUCCAUGUUUUAGUUCUUCGACUUCUUUCUCCAUCUGUGGUUAUAUAUAACCUCCAACACUAAUACCCCUUUUUAUUUCUCUUAACCUUAAAUAUUUAAAUACCUGUGAACUUUUUAUUUUUUAUUUUGGGUUUUAGCGUGUGACUGACUGCCCUUGAUUCUGUGUGUGUGUGUGUGUGUGUGUGUGUGUGUGUGUGUGUGUGUGUGUGUGUGUGUGUGUGUGUGUGUGUGUGUGUGUGUGUGUGUGUGUGUGUGUGUGUGUGUGUGUGUGUGUGUGUGUGUGUGUGUGUGUGUGUGUGUGUGUGUGUGAACGGAUCACAACUGUUCUUGUGAAAAUGUCCCGACAAUCAAUCCCUGAGGGAGGACAUGACUGGGUUACAAACGGACUUCAGGUUGGAUGUGUGUCAGCUGCUUUUUGGUCAUUUUAUUAUUGGAUCCUUUGGAACUACUUUAUUUCAAUCUUUAUUAUUUACUUUAUAUCAUACUGUUUAUUUUGUUCCAAGAUGAUUUUGAUUUCGAGGCGAUAGUUAGAAUGAACCAGGGGGAUAUAUUAGCCAUUUUUACUGCAGUUAUAUAAAGUGAUUUAGAAACAAUCAUAUAGCUAUAGUUUUUACACCAGAAAGAAAAUGUAUUUAUUUUAUAAAGGAUCCGUAAGGAGAAUGUUUGGUUAUGUUAUCUCCCAAAAAAAAAAAAAUCCCAAUCACUUUGUUAUUUCCUGCCAUGCUGGGAGAACCACAGAUGUUAUUUGAUCAGCGUUGAUCCUCUUCAAGGUAUCAAAAACACCAUCAUCUUCAGUCAAAUGUGUGAUUCUCAAGUUUGUUUUCAUCCAUCAAAAAUACUCCAAAGUAACUGACACACAGAGAACCCGGGCCAGGUUGUUUUCCAGAAUGAGAAUACAGGUUGGAUUUGUUUGUGUCUUUGAGCAAAAAUACGAGGGAGAUGCCAUCGAUAGUGUGGGAUCGGUGUGUGCACUGCGCGUGAUGGAUGAACUCUGACGAGGACGAAUCAGAAACCCAGCUUCUUCAUCUGCUCGGAACUUCACCGGAAGAUCUCUCUGGAAGAUCAGACUGUGUGUGUGUGUGUGUGUGUGUGUGUGUGUGUGUGUGUGUGUGUGUGUGUGUGGCAGGGGUGGGGGGGGCGGUUUACCUUAGCGCGGUGACAUAUUAGUGUUAGACUUACUUGAACGAGAACGACAAGAUGUUACUUAAGUAGACUCUACUGUAAAGCAGAUAGAUCUCUCUCCUCCUGACCUCUACUUCCUGUAUUUCUGUGUUUUAAUGCUUCGUCUCUAUGCCAGUGGACUCACUCAUCUCACUUUGGCUGUACAUGUGCCUUUUAUUAAAGAUCAUGGAACCUGAA